CGUCCACAUUCCACGUUCCGCACACAAACGACGAUGCUCCAAAUGUUUUCUUUUUUCUUUUUCAAGUGCCAAUCCUAGGUACCACUCAUUAUUACCCCACGGCUUCGGCCACAUGCCGUCGUCUACAUGUCCCCUGCGACUAUUCUUCGCAAUGUUUUGCGAGUCCUUAUCCCGCUCUGCGUAGCUUCCACUGUUUAUCUGUAUCUUUAUCCAGUAUUCCUCGGAUGCGCCUUUCCGCUUCCGCCGCAAGAAGCCAACAAGACCGAACCCGAGAGCUCUACCGCCGCUUUUCAGGAUACGCUGCGACAGCAUGUUAUUUCCUCGAGCAAUGCCGCGCCCUUCCGACUUCUAGCUCUCGGCGACCCGCAGCUCGAAGGCGACACGUCGAUCAGGAAUUACAACCGCGAGUCCUUCCCUCACUUGACCUGGGCUAUCCGCCACCUCACCUACAAGACCGAUCAUCCGUCGCUACGUAGCCGCCUGCGACAGGUAGUCCACGAUCUCGUCGAUGUCUUCUUCGACGAUAUUCCCGACACGGCCGAGUCGAUCCGCAAGCGCAUAGACCUAUUCGGGAACGACUUCUACCUCGCCCACAUCUAUCGAACAUUACGAUGGUGGACUAAACCUACUCACGUCACAGUUCUCGGAGACUUGCUCGGAAGCCAAUGGAUUCGAGCUCCCGAAUUCAACCGGAGAAGCUCGAGGUUCUGGAACCGUUCAUUUAGAGGGGGCGAGCGCGUCCCCGACGAGGUUGCGGCGUACCCUGCGGAGGAAUACGAAUUAGCUGGGUUACUCGGCGUCGAGGACGAAAAUGCUGCGGCUUGGCGGCGCAGGAUCAUUAACGUCGCAGGUAACCACGAUAUCGGCUAUGCGGGCGACCUGACAGUCGAGCGAUUAGAGCGAUUCGAGCGUGUAUUUGGCAAAGCCGCCUACGAGCUACGCUUUGAGCUCCCUAUUACUGACCCAACGAACAACGCGACUAUCUACGAUGCCGAGAAAAAUCCCGGUUCCGACCGUUUGGCCCCUGAGCUCCGAAUCGUCAACGUCAACAACAUGAAUCUUGAUACUCCGGCUGCAGACCAGAAUCUUCAGGACAAGACGUAUACCUUCGUAAACGACGUAAUAAACACAGCCUCCGCUGUUGAGUUUACAGGACAUUUCACAGUGGUUUUGACGCAUAUUCCAUUGUACAAGCCCGAAGGGAUCUGUGUCGAUGCCCCUUUCUUUAGUUUUCACUCCGGCGGCGGCGUCAAGGAACAGAAUCAACUCUCGGCCGAUGCAUCCCGUGGGUUCCUGGAAGGCAUCUUUGGUUUAAGCGGCGACCCCAACGCGCCCGGUCAGGGAAUGGGUCGGAGAGGCGUCGUGUUGAACGGGCACGAUCACGAGGGCUGCGACACGUAUCAUUACAUCAACCAGACGGAGGGCGACGAGCGUCAAUGGCGAACUACUUUGUGGGAGACUGCAAAGACCGGUCAAUAUCCCGGAAAACCAGGUCUUCCGGGCCUAAGGGAGAUUACUGUCCGAAGUAUGAUGGGCGGAUUUGGAGGGAAUGCUGGAUUGCUUAGCGUAUGGUUUGACGAGAACGCCUGGGAAUGGAGAUUCGAGUUUGCGAAUUGCGCUUUGGGCACCCAGUACCCCUGGUGGUUUGUCCAUAUAAUCGAUCUUAUCGCCAUUAUUGGGCUUGUGCUUUACGGCAUCUUGCAAGCAUUGGCUGCUGCGGGUUUUGAUUUUGAGAAUCGGCCAAAGGUUCCCGUGCCUAAGAUCGAAAUUAGCGAGCAUUCUGACGACGAGCAACCCGUCGGCAAUGGCAAUACUAAGAAGGGAUAGGUUCCCCUGUGCGAUCAGCGGCAGACUUACAGCACGGAAGUGUAAUGAAUCACGAAUACUUGUACUAAUAUGAAGUAUAGACUAGGAUCCCAACGGAUUGUUAAAUUAGAGCUCAAACAUUUGAUACGCAAGAAUCUUUAUCGCAUCGAUAUUUCAUAUAACUUAUAAGAUGUGAUCUGACGAACACGAAGACAUUUGGAAGCUUUCCUCGGAUUGAGAUAUGCAGAUUUAUUGUACUUAUAACUUGAAAUCGAGAACCACAACAUCAACCUGCGCGUGCGAGUCCAGGUCAGACCCGUAGCUAGAUCGUGUGAAGACAGACAACACGUUAUCAUACUGUAGCCUUGUGGUAUCUACCAAUGGCUCCGUCGGCGGGAAUCCGUCUUCCCGCCACACCAGCUCAUACUCAGAGUAGCCACUCUCC